AUGCACACCAACCACAACUUCAGCACUAACAACAACAUCUACUGCAACAACCACAACUACAGCACCAACAACUACAACUAUGGAACCAACUGCAGCACCAACUACCACAACCACAGCACCAACCGCAACAACUGCUGCACCAGUCAUAACUGCUGCACCAAUAACCACAACUGCAGCACUAACAACAACAUCUACUGCAAAAACCACAACUACAGCACCAACAACCACAACAACUCACAAACCACCACAACCGCAACACCAACCACAACUGAAGUACCAACAACCACAGCACCAACCACAACAACUGUAGCACCAACCACCACAACCGCAGCACCAAUCAUAUCUACUGCACCAAUAACCACAACUGCAGCACAAACAACAACAUAUACUGCAACAACCACAACUACAGCACCAACAAACUCAACAUUAACAACCACAAUUGCUGCACCAUCAACCACAACAGCCCCAACCACCACAGCUGCAGCAGAAACCACCACAACAGCAGCUCCAUCCAAUACAACAGCAGCACCAGCCACCACAACUGCAGCACCAACCUCCACAACCACAGCACCAACCACCACACCUGCUGCACCAUCCCCCACAACUUCAUUACUAACCACAUCUCCAGCAUCACCAACCACACCUGCAGCACCAAACAUCACAAGUGGAGCAACAACAGCUACAACUCCAUCACCAACCACUACAACUCCAGCAGCAGCAACCACAAGUGCAGCACCAACCACCACAUCUUCAUCACCAACCACCACUACAAAAUCUCCAACCUCCACAGCGCCAAUCACGUCAACUGCUACAACAGCAGCUCCAACUGCAACACCAACCACCACCAGUGUAGGAUCAACCACCACACCUGUUGCAUCAUUCACCAGUACUGCAAAAACAACCACAACACCAUUCACUGCAAUUCCAGCUAGUAGUGCCAGAACAACCACAACAACCACCUCAACAAUGUCAACUGCAGCCACUGACACAUCAAGCUCGGCAACAGAGCCACCCACAGGUGCAGUAGCAGGUGCCACAACAACAUCCACAUCAACAAUGACUAGUACAGCUAGAAUCACAACCAAAACAACUUCGGCAGCACAGUCAUUCACAAAUGCACCAACACAUUUUUCCACAACCACCUCAAGCACAUCAACAACGACUUCUGCAGCCACAACCAAAACAACAUCAGGAGCACAGUCAGCCACCACAACAUCAACAACCAGUAGUGCUUCUAGUGUCAGAAUGGGCAUGCUUCAUUUCUUAGUUUUACUUUUUGUUGUUAUUAUGUGAAAAUCAUGACUCAGAAGCAUCAAGAGUAAAUUCAAGGAUUCUCAAAGUCUCAUUUGUCAUGGGCGUUAAGUAUUUAGUAAGUAUUUAAAAUCAAACAAAUUCAUUCAGAAAAUAUAGAUUGCUCACAAAAAAGACAUUUGUAUAGCUAAUAAUGCAUUUUUGUAUGUGAUAUUUAUAGAUUUUUUGUUGUUAAUGUUUUAAUAUUAUUUAUAUAUGUAUUAACAAGGUUUCUCUUUGACGUUUUUUGGGCUGUAUUUGUUGCUUAUUUGUAGUUAUCUUUAUUUAAUUUAAGGCUUUGCAGUUGUUUCUCACUAUCUUCUAUUAUUUUAUUUAAA